GCGGAACUUCACCGUUGCCUUCCUCAAGAAGUUCCCACAGUACAAUCAUCGAGUUCACCUGUUCGGAUCCUCCGAAGCGGGUCCGGUGAUCCCAGAAGUCGCCAAACUCAUUUACGAAUAUAAUGCAGGGAAGAGUAGGCGUAAGCAGAUAGAUUUCAAAGGAGUAGCGCUCGUCAAUGCUCUACUAUCUAUGAGACUUCA